CUUUUACAACCUCAUAUUCCUGUGAUUGUACCCAAGAAUUACUACACAAUCAAAAUCGAGAAUACAACCAAAAUGUCAAGCUCAAUGGAAAAAGCAGGCGCCAAAGCCAAGGAGGUUGCAAAGGAAGACUUCGAUAAAGCAAAGGAGUUGGCACGUUCAGCAGCAAUCAGUGGAGCUUAUCUCUACCCCAUUAAAGGAAUUUUCUACUUCCUCUCGCAUCGCACAUUAUGGAAACCCCUCUUGUCGAAACUUGUACCCACUCUGUCUCUAUCCGUCAUCGUCGUAGUUGUGAUGUUCAUGUUUACCUAUCUACCACAACUUGCCGUUCUCAUUUUCACCGAUGGACCUCUCGCUGCAGUCUCUGCAGUCCUCUUGACCCUCUCUGAAUCUAGCACAAUUGUCACUAUGCUUUCCAAGAAUUUCCUCAUUGCAGAUGCUCUUGUUGAUACAUUUGAUGGAGUGAUGGUGGCAAAAGGUCAAUCAGAAGUUGUACAAGGUGGACGAGAGAUCAAAUCAGGAAAAUUCGGUGACCCAAUGAGAAAAUUAGGUAAAGUUGUUAAAGGAUAUGGUCAAAAGUAUAGCUUUGGAGGCUUGGUAAGAUAUUUGAUGUAUCUGCCAUUGAAUCUCAUUCCAGUUGUUGGUACGGUAAUCUUUGUUGGUCUGCAGGGACGACAGAGAGGUGAAGGGGUUCAUUCGAGAUAUUUCCAAUUGAAGGGAUGGUCUAAUGCACAAAAAGAAGCAUGGCUUAAGGAGCACUCUGGGGCAUACACAUCAUUCGGAACCGUCGCAACUCUUCUUGAACUUGUCCCUAUUGCAUCCAUUCUCUUCUCAUUCACCAACACUGUUGGUGCAGCAUUGUGGGCUGCCGAUAUCGAAGGUAAUGGCACGACUAUGACUGAAAUUUCUUCGCCUCAGGCGCAAAAGGAAGCUUUAAGAGCCGAGUAAGGCCCUUUCUGCAGCCUCCCGAAAUUGGCUACAAACGGUGCAACUUUCGGCCAGUCUUCGUACUCCUUCGUUAAUUUGCUUGGAAGAUCCCCUGUAGCACAACUGUCCAUCUGUGCAUGAAUAUCCUUGCGGUUUUUGGUUGUCGGUAACCAUUCGUUUGUCUUCCUGUCGAUCUUUGACGGUGAAUAUGGCGUUGGUAAAUUGGUAGCGAUGGAGUGGAAAUCAGGUAUGACUUGGCGA